AUGGGGCAACUGAUAAGCAAGAAAGAGCAGACUUCAACCACCACUGCGACUAAAACGACGAGACCUCGACAGCUGUUUCCGAACUCUCGACGAUAUCCUCAACUCGAGAGAGAGAUAGGGACAAGUGAGAGACAUCCGGUUCCGUUGAUUCCUACACACCGAGAUGUCAGACAACGUCGCCGAGUUUCGAGAAGAGAGUUUAGCCACAGUCAAGAUCAUAUCUCCAAUGGUCGCUCCCGUUCGUCAACUAUGAGUCUCCCAGUAGGCGAGGAAGCAGACACUAGACAGCACAUUGACACAACAUCACGUCGACGGCGUAUCCGCCAUUAUUAUCAAACAUCAAUAUCUAGCGAAUCUUCAUACACACCUGAAGCACCAGAGCCAAUUGUUGGACGUUCUGCGCCCCAGGAAAAAUCCCAGGAGUCAUACGUAGUGGAACAGCAAGACCAGAAUUCCAGAGUAAAGAAAUUCGCAGGGAAAGCACCGAAUCGGCGUAGAAACGAGACUAGUUCUAGUGAGACCAUAUAG